AAAAUAAUUAAAAAUUUGUUUAUUAGAGUAAAAAAGGGGUCGAUUCCUUCUUAUAAACCAGCACUCACACACUUCAACAGCAAAAACAGAAGAGAAAUGGCGGAGAAGCCUAACGGCGGUGUCUACGUGGAGUUGAUCGGAGACGAUGAGAACUCCGACAAAUCUAACCGUCGAGAUGAGACCCUUUUGGGCGUUCUUCACCGUCUGAUCUCUGAUAUCAUCUCCCCUGAUCCUUCCUCACUGGGUGAUACUCCUUUCAUCCACCGGGUCAAGACCUCUCUCGCCCACAACGUUCCACAUCUUCAUCAGGCUUCUAAGAACACAGCUCGGAAUGUUCUUCUAUGGACUCGCAGAGGAAGUCCUCUCCGAGCCCUCCUCGUUAUCUCCGCUGGGACAAUCACUCUUCUUGCCCUAACAGGAUUGCUUGUCUUUAGUCUUUUCUUUGUGUCAGCAACUCUCAAUGCCAUUAUUAUCUCUCUUCUCAUGUCUUUGGCUGCUGCUGGAGGAUUCCUGGCCCUUUUCUUUGCCUGUGUGACAGCUAUAUAUAUUGGAGCAUUGUCAGUUGCUGUUUUUGUUAUUUCAGCAACUACAAUUUCUACAAUUAUAGCGGUUCUAAUAGCUACAGGCUGGGUUGGAUUCUUUUGGGCUGUGUGGUUGGCAACAAAGAAAAGUGUGGGGCUGGCUAAGCACUCUCUAGGCGUGACUGGUUCAGCAUUUUCAGCAUACUCUAACGCUAGACGUGCUCGCCGCCGUCAUCAAGAGCAUAACAAUGUUGCAGAUUGAAGGGUUUUAUAAGCCCAAAAUAAAGUCCCUGUAUAAGCAUAUGCCUUGUACAUGUUGCUCCGCUAGAGACGAUAUUGGCUUAUAUUUUUUUAUAUAUAUUUUUUUCUUUUGGAUUUUGUUAAGCUGCUGUUUGGUUAUGUGUGGCUUGGAAGCAUAAGGUUGUCUACCACUUUUUGCGGGAGAUUAAAAGGUUGUCGCUUCGUUUAUGGUCGCACCUUAUUGUAUAUAUAGUGUCUGCUAGUUUAUUAUCUUCUUCGUUUAUGGUCGCAUCUGAUUGUAUAUAUAGUGUCUGCUAGUUUAUUAUCUUUCUCAUACAGAUUUACUUCUUUUGUUAUGUUGUCAUCUAUAUUGAUGUUAAAUUACUAGUUGCUUAAAUACGAGUUAGAAAAUUAUAAGAUUCAGUUGGUUUUAAGGUUA